CUGGAGGAGGAGACCCUUCGCGCGGCUCCCUGGACUGGAGCCGCAGUCUGAACUCUUCCAGCCGCACCGGUAUGCACCAACUCCACCCGCCGACGAGUGAGUGAGCCGAGCCAGGGAAGAUGGAGGACAUGGAGGUUCCCAUCAUUAAUAACCUGAACGACAACGGCGACAGACAGAGGCUGAAGGGGAAAGAUGCGUUCAAGGACCAGCAGAAGGAGUCGGAGAGCUCCAUGGAGUCUCCAAACCUGGAGUUCGAGUACGGAGACUCGGACACGCUCACCGCUGAACUCUCGGAGCUCUACAGUUACACCGAGCAACCGGAGUUCGCCCUGAACAGGGACUACUUCGAGGAGGACUUCAGAAACCACGCUGGAGGCAGGAGGUGGACGGAGCUGACGACGGAGGAGCAGAGGGCGUAUGUGAUGAGGCUCCUGGAUGCGCUGGAGGUGACGGACCGGGACAAGCGGCUGAAGGUGGCCCGGUCCAUCCUCUACCUGGCUCAGGGAGCGUUUGACGAGUGCGACACCGAGGUGGACGUGCUCCACUGGUCCAGACACAACAUCUUUCUCCUCUAUGACAUGGGCCUCUUCACGGCGCUGCUGGAGCUGCUCAGCAUGGAGAUCGACAACAACCAAGCAUGCAGCAGUGCAGUGAGGAAGCCCGCCAUCUCUCUCGCGGACAGCACAGAGCUCAGGGUGUUACUGAGCAUCAUGUACCUGAUGGUGGAGACCAUUAGAGUCCAAACGGAAGACGAUCGACCGGAGUGGAGAGCAGCCAGAGACGCCUUUAAGAGCGAGCUAGGCUCACCUCUUUACAACGAGGAGCCCUUCGCUCUGCUCCUCUUCACCAUGGUGACCAAGUUCUGCAGCAUGAACGCGCCACACUUCCCCAUGAAGAAGGUCCUCCUGCUGCUGUGGAAAACCAUACUGUUUACGUUGGGCGGGUUCGAGGAGCUCCAGGAGAUGAAGGUGCGAGGCCGGGAGCGGCUCCGCCUGCCCCCGCUCCCAGAGGACAGCAUCAAGGUGGUGCGAGCCAUGAGAGCGGCCUCGCCCCCGGCCUCCGCCAUGGAGCUCAUCGAACAGCAGCAGCAGCAGAAGAGAGGCCGCCGCAGCCGCAGGAAGCAGCCUCUGGUCAAGCAGGACAGUCUGGACACGUACAACGAGCGGGACCCUUUCAAGAACGAUGACGCCCGAGAUGAUGAUGAGGACCCGGAGGAUGCCGACAGUGGCAUUGAGGGUGAGGUGGACCCCCUCGACCGUGAUGUCAUCAUCCAGCCACCACCGCCGCCGCCUCCACUGAGACCCCCAACAGAGAGGGUCAACUUCCCCAAAGGUCUUCCAUGGGCUCCUAAAGUCAGGGAGAAAGACAUCGAGCACUUCCUGGAGACCAGCAGAAACAAGUUUAUUGGUUUUACUCUGGGAAACGAUACAGAGACUCUGGUGGGCUUGCCCAGACCCAUUCACGAGAGUGUCAAGACCCUCAAACAGCACAAGUAUGUGUCCAUUGCUGAGGUCCAGAUCAAGAGGGAAGAGGAGCUGCAGCAGUGUCCGCUGAGCUUGGGUGCGGAGGAGGUGGAGGAGACACCAGCAGAGAGUUUAUAUGUGGGGAUGCUUCCUAAUCUCUCCCAGUAUGUGAUCGCUCUCUUGAAGCUCCUGCUGGCUGCAGCUCCCACCUCCAAAGCUAAAACCGACUCCAUCAACAUCCUAGCUGACGUGCUGCCAGAGGAGAUGCCGAUCACGGUCCUUCAGAGCAUGAAGCUGGGCAUUGACGUGAACCGUCACAAAGAAAUCAUCGUGAAGGCCAUCUCUGCGCUGCUGCUGCUGCUCCUCAAACACUUCAAGCUGAACCACAUCUAUCAGUUUGAGAUCGUCUCCCAGCACUUGGUGUUUGCCAACUGCAUCCCGCUCAUCCUGAAGUUCUUCAACCAGAACAUCAUGUCCUACAUCAGUGCCAAAAACAGUAUUUGUGUGCUGGACUUUCCUCACUGCGCGGUCCACGAGAUGCCUGAGCUCACAGCUGAAAGCCUGGAAGCAGGAGACAGCAGUCAGUUCUGCUGGAGGAACUUGUUUUCUUGCAUCAACCUUUUAAGGAUCCUCAACAAGCUGACCAAAUGGAAACACUCCAGGACCAUGAUGUUGGUCGUCUUUAAGUCCGCGCCCAUCCUGAAGCGAGCCCUGAAGGUGAAGCAGGCCAUGAUGCAGCUCUACGUUCUCAAGCUGCUGAAGAUCCAGACCAAGUACCUGGGCCGCCAGUGGAGGAAGAGCAACAUGAAGACCAUGUCGGCCAUCUACCAGAAGGUCCGCCACCGACUCAACGACGACUGGGCCUACGGAAACGAUAUCGACGCCCGGCCCUGGGACUUCCAGGCGGAGGAGUGCGCCCUGCGGGAGAGCAUCGAGAAGUUCAACAGUCGGCGCUACGACCACAACAGGAACGGCGACUUCGCGCCCGUGGACAACUGCCUGCAGAGCGUUCUGGGUCAGCGGGUGGAGCUGCCCGACGACUUCCACUACAGCUACGAGAUGUGGCUGGAGAGGGAGGUGUUCUCGCAGCCGAUUCAAUGGGAGGGGCUGCUGCAGAACCCAUAGGAACUGGAGGGUAUGUGGUGGGUUGUAUCGGACGAAACGGGGAAAAUAAAAUGGAGAA